UUUAUAGCUCAAUAUUGAAAUACAUAACAAACUAUAAAUAGAAAAUUUCAAGUUUCAAUAUUUGUAGUUGAAGUAGGGGAUGAGUGACCUACCACGUAACGUAACGUAACAUAACUACAAAAUCCGGUGUCGUUUUGAGCUCACCUUCUUCCUCCUCGACGACUCUCAUUUCUGUAGCUGAAUUUCGCAUCAAAACAAAAACCCAUCUCAUAAUCAUCAGAAAAGACGCGUGUUGUUCACACUCAUUCAGUGAUGUCGCUGUAGCUAGCUGACACUUAAUUUUUCAUGGGGAAGCCAGCACUGUUCAUCGCCCUCUUCAUUUUUUUUCUUUCUUAGUGGAUGCCCACGAGAUUUGGAGAGAAGCAGAGGAGUUCAUUGACUAAGCCAAGUUCUGCUCUAAUAAUGGAGCCCAAUAACUCUGAGUAUGUAGUGUUAGGGGAAGCAUCUUCUGUCAACUUAGAUAAGUUCCAGAAAUUAUCAAGUUUGCCGCUUGUUUUUCUGAUCUUUUAUGAGGUUUCUGGGGGACCAUUCGGCGUUGAAGACAGUGUCCAAGCAGCUGGACCCCUUUUGGCUCUUCUUGGUUUUUUGAUUUUCCCGUUUAUAUGGAGCAUUCCAGAAGCGUUAAUAACUGCAGAAAUGAGCACUAUGUUUCCAGAGAAUGGUGGGUAUGUAGUGUGGGUAUCAUCAGCUUUGGGUCCUUACUGGGGCUUUCAACAAGGUUGGAUGAAAUGGUUAAGUGGGGUUAUUGAUAAUGCUCUAUAUCCAGUUUUGUUUCUAGACUAUUUGAAAUCUGCAAUACCUGCAUUAGAAAGUGGUUUCCCUAGAAUAGUGGCAAUUAUAGUUUUGACUGCUGCUCUGACAUAUAUGAAUUAUAGGGGUUUAACCAUAGUAGGAUGGGCUGCUAUACUCUUAGGAGUGUUUUCGCUCCUUCCUUUCGUGUUUAUGGGCCUUGUGGCGAUCCCCAGACUGGAGCCUUCAAGGUGGCUUGUGGUUGAUUUGAGUAAUGUGAACUGGGGCUUGUAUUUAAACACUCUCUUUUGGAAUCUCAACUAUUGGGACUCGAUUAGUACUCUUGCUGGAGAGGUAGAUAAUCCAAGUAGAACUCUUCCAAAAGCUCUUUUUUAUGCUGUUGUUUUGGUUGUUUUUGCGUACUUUUUUCCUCUCUUGAUUGGCACUGGAGCAGUUCCACUUGAUCGCGAUCUAUGGUCUGAUGGGUAUUUCUCAGAGAUUGCUAAAGUUAUCGGAGGUGUAUGGUUAAGGUCUUGGAUCCAAGGGGCAUCUGCUGUUUCAAACAUGGGAAUGUUUGUGGCUGAGAUGAGCAGCGACUCCUUCCAACUUCUGGGGAUGGCAGAGCACGGUAUGCUUCCCGAUUUCUUCGCCAAGAGGUCUCGUUAUGGAACCCCUCUUGCUGGGAUUUUAUUCUCUGCAUCUGGUGUGGUAUUGCUGUCAUGGCUGAGCUUUCAAGAAAUUGUAGCUGCAGAGAACUUCUUAUACUGUUUCGGAAUGAUUAUGGAAUUUAUAGCAUUUGUGAAGCUAAGGAUGCAGUCUCCAGAAACACCUAGGCCGUAUAAAAUACCCGUCGGAACAGUUGGAGCAAUUUUAAUAUGCAUUCCUCCAACCAUACUUAUUAUGGUGGUUUUAGCACUCGCUUCUCUCAAAGUAAUGGCUAUUAGCAUGGUCGCAGUACUUAUAGGAUUUGUCAUGCAGCCUUGUCUUAUGUACGUUGAGAAAAGAAGGUGGCUCAGGUUCUCUAACACUUCCAACUUUGCAGGCUUGCAUUCCGCUUAUCAUGAGUGUAAUGCACCGUGAAUGUAGUACAGGUUUUCUUCUCCACUUCUCUGUACAUCUGCAAUUCAAAUGCAAUUCAUCGAAUUUUCCACAUUUACAAUAAUGUUCAUCCAUGAAAUGCAUGAUCGAUGUUUAUCUGAGACCAUUGACCAACAAUCAACUUCUAUUAUUAUUUAUCAAGCUCUUUGGUAGUA